GAAUGCCUUUCGACUCUGGUAAGGUGUAGCCGUACUUUUUCCGAAUGUCGGAACAGUAAACCUAAUAGAUGCUGCACUCGAGAGCCCUUUGGAGAUAGCAAUGUUUAGAAUACCACAUUUUGAAGACAACAUAGUCUUCCAAAAUAUCACAAGGUUCACUGUGAUUGGCAGUAUUUUGUGUGAUGAGGGCGUGGAGACCCUAGCUAAUCUAACACAUCUGAAAAAUCUCUCUAUUGUCAGAAACUCAAAAGUUACAGGCAAACAUAUCGCCGAGCUCAGCAGCAUCGAGGAGCUCCAAUUGAGUUACUGUAAGAAUUUGAUCCACUACUACUUAGCAGACAUACUGAGCUCAUUAUCACUACGCUCGCUUGACUUGCGUCACAGUACAUUCAGUGAUGUAUCCAUGCACUUCACGAAUCUCAUGUGGUUGAGUUGUGAAACGCUCGUUACACUCAAAAUCGACUGGAAGCUAGAGCAUACCAUUACGGCAUUACAAACGCUGCAAGCAUUAAAGGAUAUUGAAGUGCGAAAUUUCAAUACAAAUGCCUGUGCGAUUUGUAUGCGUGACGAACUAUUAAGGGUGCAAGAUCAGAACUUACAAAUUCACCCGCCAGGCUACGCAUGCGCCGAUGAACUCCAAGUUCGUUUAAGACCACGCUUCUUUCGCACGCUCAUCGCGCGUACUAACAUCACAAAGCUGACAGUCGAAGCUGAAAUUUUGUGCAGAAAUCUCAAUUACUUGCACCACCUGCGACACCUAACGCACCUCAGCAUUAUUGCGAAGAAAGCCGGAUGGUUUUUGCAUACCAACGAAUUUCUCACAAGCCGUUGGACAGCUUGUGAACUUGGAGUAUUUGUAGUUAGCGAGGUUUUUCUACUGCUUUGAUGACGUCAUAUACAUCGUGGGUAGAUGCAGAAGACUAAAUGAAGUUCGGUUGAAGCAGUGUGUUGGGUUCUCGGAUGUGGUGCCCUAUGACCUAGUCGAAGUAGUGAAGCACAAACGCACUAAGGAUCAGCUGCCAUUCAGAUUAUAUAUGCUUAACCUGAUGGUGGACUCCAGCGAAGCGUGUAGUGAGAGCUCUAGCGACAGCAAUCAGGAAGUAAGUAGUUGUGUUAUUCUUUAAAAUAUAUUUACUAAUGAACAUAAUUUACUAUAUAAACAGGUUAACCGGUUUGAAGAUAUUGCAGAUUAUAUAAAAGUGAUUUUUCUUUAGAAGCGAAGCAACAAAUACCUUCGAAAUGCAGGAUCAUCUAUAUAGACAAACCAGUUUUUCUGUACUCAAUAUUGAUUAGCUCCCUUAUGGGUUGAUUAGUCUAUGAACACAUUUAAUGGAACUUCAAGGGCCUAUCUUCAUAAGAUUUUUCAUUUCAUAAUCUUCAAAGAUUUCUCCAACCGCCGGUUUCUUGUUGCCCUGGUCAUGUAACCACAUAUAGUAAAGUUACUUUCUUUGAUUUUUCGUACCAUGCACCUGUCUAUAUCGUCGUACAGACAGUGCAUGGGUUUACCUGUGUCGAUCAUGUUUUCGGGUGACAGCAAUCGCGUUUACGAUUUCGUUGCCCUCGAUGCCUGACGCCCAGUAGAAAUGUAUCCACAUAUUCCUGGCGGCACUCUGGUGCUCAAAACACUUUUGGCCCAUAUUCGAAACGACGCUAUUGCCUUGAUUGCUGUCUGCUAGUUGAAGAUAUGGUGUUCGUUAAUAUCACUAAAAUGUGAACUAUAAUUUAGAGCCUUUGGAACUCUAUGUCAUCUGGUAAAAAAUAUUGACAUUGGUAUUAACACUAUUUAAACUUCCAUUUUGGAAACCGAGAAAGACAUUCGUGAUUUAUAGCCAGAAAUGGUAACCAAGCUGUGAAAAAAUAAAAACCCUGAACUGUUAAUUCCCCCUAUCAAUUCCUUCGACGAAUCCGUUGUAAGAAAUCAACUAUCUACUCACAUUACUAACCUCUCGAUUAUCUUUAAAGCUGUUGAGAGCACACUUUUCAACCAAUCUCUAGAAUAAACCAUAUUUUAUCCAAUUUAUUAAAUUAUGAAUUUUCCUAAUGUACUUGCCACCUAUAAUUCAUGACAGUCAAAUACACAUCCAGUCAUAUUGGGUUAUCUUAUUACUUCGCCGUCUGCCUUCAGAAGCCUACGCGACGAAAGCACAUUUUCCACUUGAAGGCGUUAACAACAGCAGCAACACAAUAAAAUACAUAAAUAAAUCUUCAAAAGAUGCGUGCCAUACAAGAGACCUUUCAAUUUACCCCAUCAAUAAAUGGGUUAACAGAAAGAAAAAAGCCUACAACAACACAAAUAGGAAGAAAGACCACAAAAUGAAUGACAAAACAAUGAUUUUCAUCUUUUUUGCCACACAUAUGGAAAUGAUAUGCCAGAAAUUUGUGUAACUCACACAUAAUAGUAUAUUUAGCUUACA